AUGUUAAGGACGGCAUUCUUAGGCCCUACGCUUUUGCGACCCGCGACGGCGCGUACUUUUGCCAGUAUUAAACUCGGCACUAAACUAUCAAAUGCAUUACAGCCGAUUUCUCACUCACGAUUGCCGUCACGUAUGCACAAGGGGUCGAUGGAGCAGCAAAUGCGUCAGCAGUACCACUACCGUUCCAGUAUUCGACGUCCAAGCCACGCUGUGUCGGGCGAGUGGGUGGUAUUGGGACUCAUUUCCGUCAAUGUUGCAGUUACAUUUUGCUGGUUUCGUGCACAGGUGUCGCCUCCUCGACAUCUGACGCAACAGAUGCGCCGCUUCCAAGUGUCCACGAGGACAAUGCUGACGCAUUUUACGACGUCCACGCAACAUCUACAGGAAGGUCGGUACUAUACGCUAUUGACGUCCAUAUUUAGUCAAGCUACUUUGGGUCAUUUGGGUGCCAAUAUGAUUGGCCUCUACUUCUUUGGAAGACAGCUGUGCGAUGUAUUGGGCCACAGGAAGUUCCUUGGGUUGUAUCUUACGAGCGGCGUGCUCUCAUCCGCUGCAGCGGUGCUUGAGCAAAAGAUGUCGGGGAAAUUAACUUACAACUUGGGUGCAAGUGGAGCAGUGAACGGUAUCACGGCAAUGAGCAUUCUGCUCUUCCCGCACGGGACAGUGCUGAUCUUUGGCAUUGUGCCCAUGCCUGCGUGGCUAGCUGGAUCACUCUUUAUUUUUAAAGACGCGUACUCCUUUGUGACGGACCAACAGGAUGGAAUUGGUCAUGUUGCACACCUCAGUGGUGCAUUAAUCGGUGGCGUGUACUACUACUUUCUCCGUCGCCGAAGCUUCCGACGUUUUUAA